UUGGGAGGGGAGGUGUGGGGGAUUUUCAGCUCUGUUCGUAGAGAUUUCAGCUUUUCCUCUGCUAAUUCGCGCCCGGGUGGUGUUGGUGUUGGUGUUGGUUAGAGAGAGAAAGCUUCAUAUAAAGAGUCCUCAAGCAAAUAAAAAGUCAAAUUUUUGUAUCAAUGCCGAAGGAUUUGUGACCUGAAUGGACCCGCAAGCUUUUGUGAGGUUGUCCAUUGGAUCCUUGGGCUUGAGAAUCCCAGUAGCAGCUUCAAAGACAGCAAGAGAUAGAAUCUGUGCAUCGUCUUCACCAGUUCUCUGUGAGAUACGUCUCCGUGGCUUCCCUGUUCAGACGGCAACGGUUCCAUUAAUAUCCUACCCGGAAGCUACACCAGAACUUAACAGCAUUGCAACAAGCUUCUAUCUAGAAGAAACUGAUGUUAGAGCACUGUUGGCACCUGGCUGUUUCCAUUCCUCUCAUGCAUAUCUGGAGAUUGCUAUUUUCACUUGGUCUCAGGGCUUCAAUUGUGGUGUCGGCAGCAAGAAGCAGCAGAUUGGGACAUUCAGGUUGCAGGUUGGUGCUGAGUGGGGAGAAGGGAAGCCAGUAGUACUUCACAAUGGAUGGAUUGGCAUUGGCAAAAGCAAGCAGGAAGUUAGUAAAUCUAGAGCCGAGCUGCAUCUAAGAGUGAAGUUAGAUCCUGAUCCAAGGUAUGUUUUCCAGUUUGAAGACGAGACAACAUUGAAUCCUCAAAUAGUUCAGUUGCAAGGCUCAAUCAAGCAGCCCAUUUUCAGUUGCAAAUUCAGUCGUGACAGGCGAGGAUCUCAGCGGGACCCAAUGAGCAGUUACCGGUCAAACUCAGCCAAUGGGAUUGACCAGGAGGCUGAGAGGAGGGAGAGGAAGGGCUGGAAGAUAAUGAUUCAUGAUCUUUCUGGUUCAGCAGUUGCUGCUGCUUUCAUGGCAACCCCGUUUGUGCCGUCUAUGGGCUGUGAUCGUGUAGCCCGAUCCAACCCUGGGGCCUGGCUCAUUGUCCGUCCGGAUGCCUGUAGACUUGAGAGUUGGCAACCAUGGGGAAAACUUGAGGCCUGGCGUGAACGUGGCAUUAAAGAUUCAAUCUGUUGUAGAUUCCACCUCCUUUCUGAAGGUCAGGAGGGGGGAGAGCUCCUUUUCUCGGAGAUCAUGAUCAGUGCCGACAAAGGCGGAGUGUUCUUCAUCGACACUGAUAAGCAGACGCAAUCAGGGACACCUGUGCCAAGCCCACAGAGCAGUGGUGACUUUGCAUCUCUGAGUCCCAUUGUUGGGGGUUUUGUGAUGAAUUGUAGAGUGCAAGGAGAAGGGAGGAGUAGCAAGCCAUUAGUUCAGCUCGCAAUGCGGCAUGUGACCUGUGUGGAGGAUGCGGCCAUCUUUAUGGCACUUGCUGCAGCUGUGGAUCUCAGCAUUGAGGCUUGCAGGCCAUUCCGGAGUAAGGGCAGGACGCGGUCACGCCAUUCCUUUUAAAAGAAUUGAAGCCAAACUUUGAGAUGGAGCAGAUGAUGUCACAAAGAUACAACAAAAGCAGAGAAGAGAAAACAACUGAAUUUUCAUCAUGUAGUAAUGACUUGCUUGUUCCUGUGUUAUUGUUUGCAAGGAACAUUGGGUAUUUUUCAUUAAAAAAUGAUGGUGGGGUAAAGGUUGUAAUUUCCAAAGCUUUUUUUGUUGGUUAAUCCAGAGCAUGUCAUGUGAUACAUCUAAUAAAGCUAACCAACUGAUUAAACUUUA